AUGACAUUGUAAGAUGUUUCCCGGAUUUAUUCACCUGACUCCCUGAGGGGCUUUAAAGAAACGGCCGAAAGGAAGGAAAGAGGAGUAGCGGCCGAAAAAAUCCCGUCCGUCCCUCCGUUUCUCUUCUUUUUAUCGAUUCUGGGGGUUUGUGCCGUGAUUGUGAUGAGACAAGGAACAUGGCAAAGUAAUUACUCGGGUCGUCUCGACUCCCGUCUGCGACCCAAUAACAAUCGGAAACAGUUGAAUUCAGCCGAAUCGCCGGGGUAAGCAAGCUUUUGUCGCUUUGGUUCGGUAUUUUCUUCUUGCUUUCUUCUAGAAGAUUUUUUGGUGUCCUUCUUUUUCUAUGGUCGUACGAAGAGAUGCUCUCUCAUUUCUUCAGAUGUAAGAUCGUCUGUGAACUCAUGUUUCUAUAUGCUAUUAUCUGUGCUUAAAUAAACUUUACAAUUCACAGAUUUGUCCAGUAUCUGACAGUAUGUGGCUACAUCUUCUUUGUUUCGACUCCGGCCGUUGCUCUGGCCCUAUAUUAUACUUGUAUUUGGGAUCCGGCUUAUGUGAAUCAGGUACUCAGAUCUUCUGUUCUUAACCCUUUAGGAUUUAUUCUUCGAAGCGAUUGUUCAACUUAAUGUUGUUUGCAGCAUCUCCAUCAAGUUUCUAAUCGAUCGAACAUCCCUCCAAACAGCCCAUCCAAAUUUGAUAUUCAAUCCAAGCCGCUGGCUGUAGAACCUUCUCUUCGAAUUCCUCGGGAUUCUCCCUGUGAUUGUCCGAAAUGUCAGAGUCUGGCUGGAUCAGAAGCAUUGCCCAAGGGAGUAUUGAAAGCGACCUCACCUCCACCGCGAACUACUCAGAAAGUGCUUACUUUUUAA